AUCACAAUGCACAUACCCCCACUAUUGGUACUUUUUGUACAAUGUGUGUACGGUGUCAAGGAACACAUGUUCAAAAAUUGUGAUAAUUCGGGAUUUUGUCACCGUAAUCGACACUUUGCUCAACAAGUGGCCAGUAAUCCUUCGUAUUCACCAAGUUAUUCCAUUGAUGGUGACUCGAUUUCCAUCCAUAAUGACCUGUCGUCAGAAUGGCUGAUUUCCGCUAACAUCAAGAAAGAACUACCAUCCGAACUGGACUUGGGAAAUAUCAUUCUACCAUUGAAAAUUAGUUUCCUUCCUAAAAAUAGUAUUCGUUUCCAAAUUGAUGAAGAACAAAGACAGUCCAUUACUCCUGGUAAUAAAUAUGUCAACUCUCAAAGAUACAAUGGUACAUCUGAUUGGGCAUUUCAACACACAGCGACAACAAACACAUGGGAAAAUGUCAACCUAGACAUUGAAUCUCUGAAGAAUAAAAUCUCCGCCUCUUAUGGUCCAGCUCAAGAAUACCUGGUGGAGAUUCAAUUUAAUCCAAUAAAAUUUACAAUUUCUCGUCAUGGUGAAGUUCAACUUAUUGCUAAUGAACAAAACUUCCUUAAUAUUGAACAUUGGAGACCACAAGCUGAAAAUGCUAGACAUUUGACUCCAGAAGAAUCUGAUUUCAAUAUGUUCCAUGAUGAUUUCCAAGACUCUUCUUCAGAUACUAUCCCACUCGGUCCAGAAUCAGUAGCUCUUGAUUUCACUUUUAAACAUUUUAAAAACGUUUAUGGGAUUCCAGAACAUGCAGACUCCUUUAACCUUAAGGAUACCACUCAGACAAAAUAUCCUUAUAGAUUGUAUAACGUGGAUAUUUUUGAAUAUGAAACCAACUCCAGACUCCCAAUGUAUGGAUCCAUCCCAUUUAUGUUGGCCCUGAAACCCGAAUGUUCUGUUGGACUUUUUUGGAUCAAUAGUGCAGACACCUUCAUUGACGUUGAUAAGACUUCUAAAGGUGGAUGUUGCACAAGAACUCAUUGGAUUUCAGAAAAUAAUGUGUUGGACUUUAUGUUAAUCAUUGGAGAAUCCCCCAACGAUAUCAAUGAAAGUUAUGGAGCAAUUGUAGGAUAUUCUCAACUCCCACAAGUGGCAUCAUUAGGGUACCACCAAUGUCGCUGGAAUUACAAUGACGAGAAAGAUGUGUUAGAAAUCAAUUCUCUUUUCGAUAAACAUCGGAUCCCAUACGAUUACAUUUGGCUUGAUAUAGAGUAUGCUGAAUCUAAGAAAUACUUUACGUGGAAUCAAGAUACUUUCCCAGACCCUGAAAGAAUGGUGAAGGAAUUGGACCAUACAGGAAGAAAUUUGGUGAUUAUUGUAGAUCCACAUUUAAAGACGGGAUACUUUGGUAGCGAUGAAUUGAUUAAACGUAAAAUUACCAUCAAUUCUCCAAGCAAUAACCAAACUUAUAAGGGCCAUUGUUGGCCCGGAGAGUCAGUUUGGAUUGAUACAAUGAAUCCAAGCUCUCAGGCCUAUUGGGACUACAUGUUUAGAUACACAGACGACAAUAAGUUUAUGGGUGGAUUAACUACUAAUGUCCAAAUCUGGAAUGAUAUGAAUGAACCAUCCAUUUUUAACGGACCGGAAACAACUUCACCAAGAGAUUUGUUACAUUAUGGAUCUUGGGAACAUAGAUCUAUUCAUAAUGUAUAUGGCUUAACCUACCAUGAAGCAACCUAUAAAUCAAUGACAGAAAGAUUUACAGAAACUGGCAACAAGAGACCUUUCAUCUUGACGAGAUCUUACUUUGCAGGGUCGCAAAGAACAGCUGCUAUCUGGUCUGGUGACAACAUGUCCACAUGGGAACACCUCAAGAUAUCCAUCCCAAUGCUUCUCACUUCAGGAGUACUGGGAUUACCCUUUGCCGGUGCUGAUGUAGGUGGGUUUUUUGGGAACCCUUCAAAGGAACUUUUAACUAGAUGGUAUCAAACCGGGAUUUGGUACCCAUUCUUUAGGGGCCAUGCCCAUAUUGAUUCUAGAAGACGUGAGCCUUGGGUACCUGGCGAACCAUAUACAUCUAUUAUCCGGGAUGCAUUGCAGUUAAGAUACUCAUUACUUCCAGUGAUUUAUACGGCAUUCCAUGAAUCAAGUACCACUGGUUUACCUGUCAUUAAGCCAAUUUUCUAUGAAAACCGUAAGGAUAUUGAAAACUUUUCCAUUGAAGAUGAAUUCUUUUUAGGAAACUCAGGUAUUUUUGUUAAGCCUGUGACUGAUGAAGCAGCUGAAACCAUUGAUAUUUACCUCCCCGAUGAAGAAAUCUAUUAUGAAUUCGAUAAUGGGGUCUUAUCUGGCAAUAGCGUUCACCGUCAACUGGACAAGAAAUCUGUGACAAAACAUGUUGAUAUCAACACAAUUCCAAUGUACUUGAAAGGUGGUUCUAUAAUUGCCAAGAAGGAGAGAUACCGUAGAUCUUCCAAACUUAUGGUCAAUGACCCAUAUCAUUUGAUCAUUGCCUUGGAUAAGUCUGGAAAAUCCAGUGGGAAGUUAUACAUUGAUGAUGGAGAAUCAUUUGAUUAUUUGCAAGGAGAGUCAAUACUGAUCGAAUUCAGUGCUACAGAAGAAAAUAUCACCGCAUCAACCACCUCACAAGGCCAAAAAUUUCAAAACCUGAUCCUGGGGGUUAGAAUUGAACAAAUCACAAUUAUUGGACAAGACAAUUCCAUUUUACCAAAGAAAUUUUUGAUCACACAAGGUGGGAAGAAAUGGCAAUUUAGAGGAGUGACGCAAGAAAAAUCGACUACAAUCAAAAAUCCCGGAUUAAGAGUUGACGAGGAUUGGACAAUUGAACCAUUGGUUGAUAACCAAGUCCAUGACGAAUUAUAG